UCCCGGUAAGGAGGGGGCAGGGUUAUGAAGAUAAACUUGCCUAAGGAAUUAUUAUUGCUAAAUACUGAAUAGAUUCUUCCCAAAUAUUUGUCAAAAUGUCUUAUUUCCAAAGACAAACAGAUAUAAUUAAAGAAAAUUGUUUCACAAGAUAUAAAGAUUCUCUCCUUUGUCAAAACUACCCAUAUGUUGUAUACACACAGAUCAUAUCCCAUUAGAUCCCGCCUCCUAAAUCCUCCCCCUGCUGCUCAGAGACACAGACACAAUCUUCCAUCUUUCAGAGAGGAAAGACAAACACAUUGUUCAAAGUGUGGAGCUUGCGAGUUGGAGGGGAUAACUGAACACACCCCUGGAUUUUGUAUUUUGAAAGAGAAAAGGAGAGGAGCAAAGGGAGGAUUACUCAUAGGCAGAUGAUGAUAUGGAAGCAUUGAUCUGAUCAGUCCUCUAAAUCACCUACACACAAUCUUUUUACUUGGAUUUUAAACAUGGGACCACUAUAUGAGGCAGGAUGGCAGAAAAGAAGCCGGACCAAAAGUUUUGGGGAAUACCAGCACUCUAAGAAGUCUUUCUCUCAGCGCAGACAGUCGGCACCCUCUGUUAUUCUCAGCAAAGCCCUUAUAAAAAAGUCAAAAUCUGUCGCCAGGGAUUGUGCAUCUCAGGUUAGGCAGGACAUUUUUGCCCUGAUCCAGUCUCUGCUCAGCCCAACCAGGAAGCUCAUUUGCCAAGGCAAUGUGGUGCUGCAGACAGGCCUUCAGACCCAAGAGAGAUUCCUGAUCCUCUUCAAUGAUCUUCUCAUCAUCACCAAGGCAAAGUCAGUAAUGCAGGUGAAGCAGAAGAAGUGUGUGCGUGUUAGUGAGAUGUGGACAGCCAGCUGUGUGGACGAGGUGUGUGAGGCCAAUACCGCUUCAGAGAGGAGCUUCGUCAUGGGCUGGCCAACUUACAACUGUGUGGCUACUUUUAGUACUUCAGAAGAGAAAGACAGAUGGAUGCUUCUCAUUGAAAGUUGUAUACAGGAAGAAAAAAAGAGUGAUGAUCCAAAGAUGAUUCCACUCAAGAUAUUUGCAAAGGAUGUUGGGAACUGUGCCUAUGCAAAGACUCUUUUUAUCAGCAACACAGACUGCACCUCUGAUGUCAUUAGCACAGCACUGCAACAGUUUGGUCUUUCAGGUGGAAUAAAAGAUUACAAGUUGUGGGUGUGUUCAAAACAAGAUGAAACUCCAUACCCUUUAAUUGGUCAUGAGUGUCCUUACAGCAUUAAGAUGAGCCACAUUCGCCUGCUGCAGCAAGAGGCAGUGAGUUCAUCCUACAGCCAAAUGGCACUUUUGCCAAUUGAUGCUCACUGUCAGUUCUUCCUGAAGCCCAGUCAAAUAAGCAGAACCUUCACAGUUGUCCUAGCAGAACAGAAAAGCAGGAGGAAGAGGAUGUCUCUUAUUAGCUGGGCUUUUAAAAGAGGCUUCAGCAUUGAACAGGCUGUCCGAUCCGAAUCUCCUGGCCCAACUAUAAAACCAGCUUCUGGUCAUCUGUUUGGUCGACCACUCUGUGAUGUGAUAAAAGACAAUACCCUGCCAUCACCCAUUGUGGACAUGCUGAAGUGUUUGUGCAGUGAGGGGGCCGUGACACGUGGAAUAUUCCGGCGCUCUGCUGGAGUGAAGGCCUGCCGAGAAUUGAGGGAAAAACUAGAUUCUGGUCACUAUGAAGAGUCACUCAGUGGAGAACCUGUACUUGUCACUGCUUCAGUGUUCAAGGAGUUCUUACGCAAUAUACCGGGCAGCCUAUUGUGUGAGGAGCUCUAUGAGCAAUGGCUCCAAGCAGUGGAGCAGGAAGGUGAAAGAAAUGGACAAAUGACAGAGAGAAACCUUUUACAAGAAGUUCAGAGGCUUGUUCAGCGUUUACCUAAAGAGAAUCUCCUGCUGCUGAGACACAUGAUAGUGAUGCUGCAUCACAUACAGCUCAAUGCUGAGCACAACCAGAUGACCUCUUUUAACCUGGCUGUGUGUAUAGCACCUAGCUGUCUGUGGAAUCUCAAACUACAAUCUCAUGAAAAAGAUGCCAAAAAGGUGUGUGACCUUGUGCGUGUCUUGACUGACAACUGCUGUGCGUUGUUUGGGGAUGAAAUUAUAACCCUCUUAAAGGAUUUGACUGAAGACAAUAGAAGCAACUGCGGAUCAGUUGCGUCCCUGCAGCAGAUGUCAGAUUCAGGAUAUGAAAGUCUAAAGAAUGAGGUGAAUACUGACACAGAGGACAUUUCUAAGGCCCGUCCUCUUAAAGACAGUUGUAGUAUGGACUCACUCAUGUCACUGAGUGAUUGUGACCUCGAUUGUCCAGAAAACGACGUGCUGUCUUCUAGCCCAUUGGCACAAAUCAGAAACUGUACAUCUGCAGUGCGUCAACUCCGAUCCCUUAAAUUACACAGACACUCCAUCUCCACCAUUGCUUUGACUUCUCAUGAGCAGGAAAUAACCAUAGAAAGUGGAAAACAUGAAGAGUUUAAGAGACCUGAUGAGGUCAAUGAUAAUGUGUUUUUGGAUCAAACCUUUCAACAACUCAAUUUCAUGAGAGUAAAACAAACUCCACCAACCUCCAAUGUAUCAUCGCCAGUGACUUCACCAAUAUCCUCACCUGUGAGUUCAAUUGAUGGUCCAUUUGUUCCGUCCACCCGAAAGGCCCUUCAUUCUCCUCAGGAUUCUCCAGCCAAGGUUGAUUUACUCACUCAAAAUGGCACAGAUUACCAACACUCAGACAACUUGCCCAAUGAGAAAUUAUCUCCACCAAAUAAUCAGAGGAACUUCACUGAUAUUAAAGUGGGUUUACAGCCUAAAAUGCCCCAAAAUCCUCAAUCUAAUCAGCAGGCCUUAGAAAAGCUCAACAGAAAACCAUUCUCACGGACUCCCACUCAAACGUAUUUACAUAAAAGAAAAGGCCUUUUCUUCAAGGGGCCCGGGAGCCCCAUGCACAGCCCUUCAGGAGACCCCAAGGUUUCCCCUGACCCUCAGACCAUCAGGUUUACCUGUCAAACCAGGACUGAAGAAGAGGUCAGGCUACCACAGAGUGUGUUUUAUGGACAGAGUUGCAAGUUGACGGUGCACAAAAUCAGGGGACAGAAUGCAGGUUUGAAGUCUACCAAACUUUCUGGGCAGCAGUUGAGGUUUAAAGCACUCGAUUUUCACCCCUCCUCUGGAAAAAUAGUGAGGGACUACUUUAUGGAUGCUUCUCCUCUCAGAGAGGAGCAAGCUGUUGGGAGAAGCCAAAAGCUCAGCUGUUGCAGUAGAAGCCAGUGGAUUGUGUGAAGCUAAUGGGAAGUCAUUUCAAAAACAGCACAAACACUGGGACCCUGUUAAUGAUAAUAAUCUGCAGUUUCUUAUAAUUAACAAUUACAUGCUCCAGAUUUAUUUAUUUAUUGCCAAACACCCUAGUUGGAAAUCAAUUACCAUUUCCUUUGUUUUUAGGACAUUCAACUUCAGAUUAUGAGUGCAACUCCAUUCAAACAGUGUAGAAACCACUUCAAUAGUCUGAUUCUUUAUUAUCUGUUAUUAAACCAAUCAAUUUAAAAUCAUUCGCAAACCUAAAAAUUUGCACUAAUUUCAAAUGUGAAACACAAUCAUUAGUGUACACAGAGUACAAUAAUGGUGACAGUACACAUCCUUGUGGGGCCCCCACACUAAUUGUCUUAAGACUUGAGAAUGUAUUAUCAAUUUUAAUUACGUGUGUUCUGUUCUGCAAAAAAUCCAAAAUCUAAAGAGCAUGGGAGUGUUGAAUCCCCAAUUGCUUUAACUUAUCAAAAAGUUUAACUGGAAUAAUUGUAUUAAAUGCAGAUUUAUAGUGCACAAAAAGGACUCUUGGGGGCUUCAAGGUGUUGCAAAAUUGAAUGGAGACAGAGCCACAGCAUCAUCAACUGACCUAUUAGCCUUAUAGGCGAAUUGGUGAGAAUCCAAACAGAUUUUAGAAAGUAGGCACCAAUUGCUCAAAGAUUUUCAUAGCAACUGCAGUUAGGGCCACUGGUCUGUAAUCAUCUAAGCAACUGAUAUACAACUUUUUUGGCACUGGAAUUAUAACAGCUGCUUUUAAACAUGCGGGGAUAUUCUCAUUUUACAGUAUGAUUACAUUUUAUUAAUACAUGCCAUUUGAGCUUUAGAAUGGCUUUUUUUUGGCUAAUAUUUACAAACAUUAGAAUAAUAUGCAUGGGAUUUUAUUAUACUUUAACAAAAAAAAAAAUUCUCCCUUUUCCUCCUUAUGCAAGUCAAACUGAAGCAUUUAAAACAUUCAAAAACAGCACUCACAUUGACAAAAUUACCUUUUCAGGAUUACAUACAGUAGGGAUAUUAGGGCUGUCACGAUUCCUCGAUUAAACUCGAAUUGAUUACAUUUUGCCCUUGUCGAUUAACCGGCAAAAUACCAGAAGUAGUGCAUUCCACAGACGAUUUCAAAAUAAAGGUUUAAACCCUGGCUCUGAGUUUGCAUGUUUUGACGUGCACAUGUUCUUGUUAGAGAAAUGAAAGUGGCUGGCCUCGCAUUUCUAUCAUACAUAUGUGGGAAAAAUAUUAAAGAUUAAGUGGACAUUUUAAUUAAAUAUUUAGUCAAUUUUUUAAACAAGGAUUAGUUAUAUAUGCUAUAAAUUGUAAAAACAAUCGUCAGGCAGUUGGUGCUCUCUGCAGGGAUCAUGUACACAAGUGAUUAAUUGAUUUUGAUAUUUUAUUUGAACCAAUUAUUAUUGCCUCAUUUUUAUUAUAUGUGUAUUUAAAGUGGUUUUAAAGUCUAUUGUUU